UGACUCUGACAUAACAAUCUGACAAUCGUCGCCGUAAUCCAAUCCAAGUCAGUGACGUUUAUUAAUUAACCUUUACUCAAACUAUUUUAGUACAUAAUGUUUUGCUGUUCACAGUUAAACUCUAAUUAUAAAAUAGCUACUACUAAGUCCAAAAGAUAGGAAUUCAUAAUCCACCACAUUUGAAGUUAUUGCAGCGUAUAGCAGUGAACAAAGAGAAACAACUUGUAACGUAAAAGUAUUCGUUACAUUGAUUUUACUCCGCCAAUUAAAUUAAUUGGACAAAUACUCAAUUAUUUAAUAGUAGAAUGUGCCAAAAGAAUUAAUCUCAAAUACAAGGGUAAGAGAAUCAGUGUGAGCCAAGUUUAAAUACAGAUUACCUUUAUUAUUAUUAUAGAACAAACGAGUGAUUAUUGUAUAAAUUGAAUAAUCUUAGAAGUGAAAUGAAGUAUGUCGAUGAACUGUAUCUUUGGGUUCUCCUUAUUCCUACUGUUACUAGUCGCCCUUAACAUAUACUUCUUUUAUACUCUUAGUACUGAUCGUAAACCCGCUAGCUUUAACUUGCCUCUUGUGAAGUCUGAACCUAUUCCUCGUAUAGUCAGACUAAUCAAUGACUUCAGUGAGCACCUCAACCACCUACCUAGCCAAUAUUACGUUAAAAAUCCCAAAUUCCUAGUUAUACAAAGAAACUUAAUUAGUUCAUUCAAUUCAUCUGGACAGAAUACAGAUAAUGUUUGGAACAGUAUUGAUAAGUGGGCUGAUGAAGAGUUCUUGUUUCCAACUAGAAAUGGUGCCGCCGGUCAGGUUUUACAAGCUCUGCGCACCUCACAGAUAACACUAGCUGAUAAUGCACCCAAAGGCACACAGUUAAAGCUGCAGCUACUGUUAGAAAACAAACAAAAGCUGUAUUUCAAACCAAAGAGGUAUGUAAGACAACAUGUGGUACAGGGUUCCAUUUAUGCUGGUUUUGACCGACAUAACUCUGAGGUACUCACCUACUACCUAGCUAUGAUACUUAACUACAAAUGGGUGGUCCCUUCUGUUAUAAGGCGGCUACAUUUCAACAAAGACAUCCUUCCCUAUGCUACUGUUGGCUUACAAAGGGCUAUGGUAAAACAUGUGAAUGGAUCAUCAUGUAUUUAUGGAAAAUGUUUUUAUUGCAAUGUGAAUGAUACUGUAUGUCCUGAUAGUAAAGGUGAAAUUGAAGGUGCAGCCAUUUUGUACUUAAAUAAACCACUGAAGAAGCAUAGCUCUCCCUGGAGAAGAUCUUAUAAGACAUUCAAAAUGGAAUGGGAAACUGAUACUUACUUCUGUAAAAAAAUUACCUCAGUGCUGAGUACCAAACGAAUUCUUAAUUUGAUAGAUGUUGCCAUUAUAGACUUCCUCAUCCAAAAUGGAGACCGACAUAGUUAUGAAGUAUAUAAAAAGAAAAUAGUUUUACUUGACAAUGGAAAGGGAUUAGGCAACCCAAUGGUGGAUGAACUUGAUAUUUUAGCACCACUGUAUCAAUGCUGUAUGUUGUCAUCCUCCACUUGGCAAUCUUUGGAAAUGGUAUCUGGUGGCAGUGUCACAGAAACAAUUAAAUUGUUAGCAUCAUUUCAUGGAGAAACGCUAGCAACUGAUGAUCAUUACAAAGCUAUAGAACGCAGACUCUUAAAAGUUUAUGCUGUUGUUCAGUACUGCAUAGAAAAACACGGUAGAACAAACGUUUUCAAAAAUAUAUUUUGAAAUGUAAACAAA